AUGGCGGAUCAGUCCAUCAUUCGCAUCACUAAGGAGUUGAGUGACAUCCAGCGAACGUCGGAUCUCUCUUUGGCUGUCGCUUGCCGCGACGUCGAUGUUCGCAACGUCAAGGCCUUGAUUAUCGGCCCUCACGACACUCCCUACGAGUUCGGGUUCUUCGAGUUUGCAAUCAGGUUCAACAAGGAAUAUCCCCGCAAGUCUCCUAGUGUCAACGGAAUUACGACGAACGGAGGACGAUGCCGAUUCAACCCCAACAUAUACUCGUCCGGCAAGGUUUGCUUGUCAAUUCUUGGAACCUGGCGUGGAGAGCGUGGCGAAGAAUGGUCCGCGGCGCAAGGCCUUGAGUCCAUCCUCAUCUCCAUUCAGAGCCUGAUGUCAGGCAAUCCUUACGAGAACGAACCUGGUUUCGAGGAGGCCAAUGAUGCAUCGGACAAGAAGAACCAGAAGGACUACGUUCAGAAGAUCCGUCAUGAGACUCUUCGGAUCUCCGUCAUUCAACGUAUGGAAGAGUACUUGGGCUUGACCCCCAAUGGCAACGCGAUUGCCCAGCAGUCCGCGGCAGACGGAGAACAGCUCGAGAUGGACACCGAGGACAUGGACGACACGAACGUGCCUUUCGAGCCCUUCAAAGACUUGUGUAAACGGAGGUUCCUUUGGUACUACGACAACUACCUGCUCGCCAUCCAAAAGGCCAAGACCGAAGUGAAAGACCAUCAAGCCUUCGUACGGAUGCCGUUUGAAGGCGCUAGCAACGCCAUGGAUGGCAAAUUCAAUUACACUGAGCUGGAAAGACGUCUUCGCAACGUCAAGGCCGCCCUCGACAACGAGCUUCUUAAAUGGGCCGUGGAGGGCCAGGUUGCGAAUGAGAAGGAGAUGACGGUUUCUGUCAACCUGCGACACCAGUACCAGCAAGUGGUGCAAACAUUCAAACGCCAGGACAUUCCUCAUGACGUUCAGUUGGAAGACAACAACCCUUUCGUAUGGGUCAUUACCUAUUUUGGACGACCUAUGACGAAUCUUGACGGCGGUCUCUUCCGUAUCAAGGUUCAUUUCAGCCCGAGGUUCCCUGAAGAGCAACCCCGCGUCAAGUUUCACACACGCAUUUUCCAUCAUCGCAUCUCGGAGGAUGGAACAACCUGCUACUUCCCCAGUUCGCUAAGAAAAGACGAUGUGCGUUCUCACAUCGAAGCCAUCUUCACUGCACUGGAGGAAGAGGAUCCAGCCUACGACCCUAGAACUCUGGUGAACCCCGAAGCCCAUAAACUCUACUGGGGAGGCGCCGAUGGACGCAAGAACUACAACCGUCGACUUCGCAGAUCGGUGCAGCAAAGCAUGGACGAUUUCUGA